AAAACAAACUUAAUGGAAAAUAAAAACACGUGCCGUUUGGACACCGUACGUGGUACGAGAUCAGGAGGCAGGCGUCCCCCGAACAGUUUACAUGCGCCGGCACACAACUAAAGAGCGCUGCUGGCCAGAGCACGAACGUCGAUUGGCUGAAUCGUGUCCCGUCUGGAAGAGUGGUGGGGUGAGGUACGUAUAGGUCGGUGCCCCCGCCUGGCUCCUCCAGCCAAUGCCUCCGCCCCGCAGCACCUAUUCGCGCAUGUGCGCACUAUGCAACGGUACGGCGCGCAUAGGUAGAGGUAACAUCGGCGGCGGCUUGCCGGCCACAGCGAUCGCCGCGAGCCGACGACCGACGAACGGGCCCCGCCAAUACCCUCCGCGCGCCGCCCGGGUCAUAAACGAUCUCACAAACAAGUGCUCAACAUUCGGGAAAUUACCCACUAACAAAAGGCCGCCGCUAGUUUUUACUAUCUCUGUCGGCCCCGUACGGUUUUUAAUACUUUUACAACGCGCCGCGUGUGUGCGCGUGCAUUGUCACCGGUGUCCGUCAUCGUCGUUAACCGAUCGAAUUAGGUUUGGUUAUUUUUUCGUCGAAAACCGUCGAGUAUUAUUUCCGUUGUUGUUUGUUUUUUAAUAAAAUAUAUAUUUAUAAUUAAAAUACUCUAUAUAUAUAUCCACAAAUAGUACCGACGGCCGUUUUCGUCAAAGCUCACGUUGGAGCGGCUCGAAACCGACCAAACGCUUUUUCCGUCAGCGUAUCUUGCACUAUGUGGCGUUAAACGGGACACGCUCUUAAACUUUUGUUUCAUUCAAGUUGUGCUUUGCGUCCAACUCUCGGACAACCGCUAUUUUGUACACAUUAAUCGCACACCAUGAGUUCCAAGUUCAUCAUAGACAGUAUGCUUCCCAAGUACCAUCAGCAGUAUCACCACCAGCUUUUGAAUCCGGUAAUCACUUCUAGUGGCACGUUAGAUUCUUCCGCCGUUAACUACAGUCUUACACCGAACAAUUCUUCGUCUAGCAGUGCCGGUGGUUCGCCUCCGUCUUCGUCGUCGUUGGUCUCACCAGCGGCCGGUCGUAUGUACCCUGCUUACGUUCACCAUCACCACCAACAACAGUUUGGCGCGGCAGCCGCCAGUUCCAUGGCGUUUUCGUCGCCAGGUUCCGCCGCCUUGGCUGCGGCCGUAGUGGACGCCGCUGACAAGUCGUCUUCUUGUCGGUACGGCGGUGGCGGUGUCCCCGUCGGUGUUUCCGCAGCCGACACGAUGGUCAAUAGUUACGCUGCUUUGCACCUAAACCACCACAACCAGAAUGGUGCCGGAUCAGCGGCCGGAGCGGUUUCGUCGAUGGCCGCCGCUGCACAAUUCUACCAUCAAGCGGCCGCAGCAUCCGCCGACCCUUUGAAUUCCGCUUGUGGCGGACAGCUUGGUGGACCUGGUUCACAGGCCAUGCCCGACAUACCCAAGUACCCUUGGAUGAUUACUCCAGACUGGAUGAAUCCGUUUGAACGAGUUGUUUGCGGUCCAAACGGUUGUCCGCGACGUCGGGGUCGACAGACUUAUACCAGAUUCCAGACCCUAGAACUAGAAAAGGAAUUCCACUUCAACCACUACUUGACUAGAAGAAGAAGAAUCGAAAUAGCGCACGCUCUGUGCUUAUCUGAGCGCCAGAUUAAGAUUUGGUUCCAAAACAGACGGAUGAAGCUUAAAAAAGAGCUGCGAGCUGUUAAAGAGAUCAACGAACAGGCCCGACGGGAUCGCGAGAUCGAACAGGCCAAGAAACAGGAACAGACCAAAAUGGAUAACGGUGGCGGUGGUAUGGUUCACCAGCAGAUGUCGCACCAUCAGAUGCACGAACAGCACAAGCUGCAGAUGGGCUUAGACAAGGGGUCCACCGACAUGCUCAAAGCCAAAACGUAAAUACCCAUGCACAAAAAAUUAUUGUAUUUUUUUGUAUAAAAAAUAAACUCCCUUUCGAUUUGAAACAUAUACGUAAUUUACUAUUAUCUAUAUUCUUAAAUUAUUUUAAUAAUAAUAAUAUUAUUAAUUAAAUUUAUUUUAAAAAUAUUACUUAAAACACUUUAUAAAAUUAUGUUAGAACAAAAAAUAUAUUUUCAUAUGAAAAAGGACGUACAAUAUAUAUAUAUACUUAAUAUUUGGUUGCGUGCUCAGUCACACGGUAGUAGUUCACUCUUUUUUUAUAUAUAUAUAUAUAUAUAUAUUAUUUGUUUUAUGUUCAGGACAAUUUAUCAGGACUGCCGGAAACAUAUUAAUAUAUUAACGUCAUAAUUAAUAUUUAUAGUUUAAUCGAAAAGCCCACCUUUGUCGUUUUAUGUAAUUUUUAAUAAUUUAUUAAAUAAAAUUAAAUAAUGGCUUUUAUUAAGUGCUAGUUGCAAAUCGAUGAACAAACUGUUAAUAUUUAUCAUAUUUAUUUUAGAAAUUUAACUAUAAAUAAUGUUUUGUUUCGUUUAUUUAAAUGAAAGUGCCAUUUAUAACAAAUAUACGUAAUAAAUAAAUCGAGAUGAAAUUCAUUUAUGGUAUAAGAAUAUUUUUCACUUAAAGUGGAAGACAAUUACUUUUGACCUUUUUUUUCUUGUAGUGUGUUUCUUUUCAUCACCUGUAAUUUAGUUAUGUUUCUAAUGCAUAUAACUUAUUGAUAUAAAAAUAUUAAUUAUCGAUACACACUAUAUAUUCCUCAUCGGUUACCUUUUGUGUAGAUUGUGGUGUGACUACUAUACACAUUUUGGGUGAUGUUCAAUUUUGAGGAAUUUGUCGAUUUUCGAUGUUCCUAACAUACAAGUAUUACAUUUCAUUUCCAGAGCAAU